CCCCAAACCAAAACCCUAUCCGCUCUAGUUUGGCGCCAAACCACAGAAAUGAGCUCCUGCAAAACCCUAAUCCGAACAUCCCUCUCCUCCGUCGACUCGAAAGUCAACUCAUUUUCCGCAAUUCAGUUCUUACCUUCCCUCUCGCUUCGUCCCACAAAACAAGGACUCAGUUACCCGUUCGUGCGUACGAGAAAUUAUGGUACUGUUCAAGCCGCGAUUUCAGUAGAAACCAGUGAUAGUAAUACUACCAACACUUUUUCGCUGACCGAACAACACAAUGACGACGAGACUGACUCGUCAUCAUCUAAGGACACCGUGGAGAAGUUACUUACGAACAAAGAUGACCUGACACAGUUGAUGAAAAUGGAACGGCGGCCGAUGGCCUUGAGCGGAAGAGGUGGUGGGACUAGGCGGUGGUUCCCGUACUUGGAUAAGUUUAAGUGUGGAGAGGUGUGGUUGAAUAGCAGUGAGGUUGUGGAGGCUGUGGGGCCGUACUUGAUGGCGGAGAGGAAGGACAGGUUUGUGAAUGUGGUGAAGAAUAGGAGUUAUUCUGUGUGUUUGGUGGUAGAAGGGCUCAGUGAUUUUGGGAAUGUUUCGGCUGCGUUUCGGUCAGCUGAUGCUCUGGGAGUGCAGUCUGUUCAUGUCGUGUCAUGUGACAGCUCGAAAAGAUAUAGAGAAAAUCGCCAUGUUAGUAUGGGCGCAGAGAAAUGGUUGGACAUUGAACUUUGGGACUCUCCUAAAGAGUGUUUUGAAGUCUUAAGAUCUCGUGGUUAUCGAAUUGCCACAACGCAUGUUGGAAUGGAUGCGGUUUCCAUUCAUGACAUGGAUUGGUCGUACCCGACUGCAAUAGUAGUGGGGAACGAAAGUAGGGGAAUAAGUGAUGAGGCCCUGGAGCUGUCAGAUUUGCACUGCAGUAUUCCAAUGAAAGGCAUGGUGGACUCUUUUAACGUGUCAGUUGCUGCAGGCAUCCUCAUGCAUCAUGCUGUUUGUGACAGAGCUUCUCGCCUGGGUUGUCAUGGCGAUCUGACAUCGGAAGAAAAACAAAUCUUGCUGGCAGAGUUCUUACUGCGUCACAGUAAGAGCUCUGUAAGCAUAGCGCAUGAGUUUGCCAAGAAGGCGGCAAAUCUACACCUCCCAAGAAUGUGACAUGGAACAUUCCUAAAUUUUGACUCAAAAUUCCUCUGGAAAAUGACUGCAACAAUGCAUAAACCAAGAAAGCCAAAACAACCAUGGAAGCAUUUGAUCAAGAUUGAGAGUUAUAUAAUCUGUUUCAGUAAAGCUAAAGAAAGAGCCCAAUUCUCGAGCUCAAAUCGGCUUCCAUGGCCGUUGUACAAGGAAUUAUGAUCUUCAGCCUGAAUUUUCUAUUUUCAGAAACAUUCUAAAACUUCUAUUUUACUGGCUAAUCUUAAAUAAAAAUUGCAUUUCUGCUGGUGUCAA